UCCAGUGUUUUCCCUCACUCGGCUGCGUGAGGUCGUCAUCACUCUCCCUCUCUUCUAGUGGUUCUCUUCCCUUCUCCCCCUUCUUUCCCCAGCCCUUCCCACCACUGCUACGCAACAGAAAUAACAAACAGCCAAUUAUCUACCUUUAUAUCACAAAGAAACCAGGACAUCGGCGUAAGGAGAUUCUAUUUUGAUAUCGUGAAUGAAAACAAUUUUCCCCCAACACCGAUUUCCUGCAGGAUACAGGACUGAACUGGUCGGAGUGCGGGAGCGGAGAUAGAUUCUAUCAGCGGCGACAUAAACACAGUUUUGGCUGCUUUCGAGUCUUGUGUUCGACAGUGGCUGUCAACGUUACCCACAACGAACGAGUUCGCGAUGGACCUUCCACAGCUGGAAUUGAAGAGAAAAUUCGGCUUUGCUCCGACUGAACGGAGUCACUGACAGCGUGAGCAGUGUGGUCAAUCCCUUUUCCUCAUCCUCUUGGUCGUGCAGUGCAUUGCUGUCAGGCGAUGUUACGUGAGGAUACGAUAUCUUGCUGCGUCAAAGUAUGCUCGACUUGAUGCGUUCAUGAAAGGUUUCCAUGGACGUUGGUGGUCAUGAAAACGUGCUGGUGGAAGACAUUUUAGCAGUGGUAGCGGAAAGUGCCAGUGAUAAAAACAUCGUUCCAGUGAAAUGCAGUGUUGGAUUUAAAUAAAUAUUGCUCCUGGGUGAUGUGGUGCAUUGCAGUCUGAGUGGUUAACAAACACAAUACUACUGCGCUCCUCAAGUGUAAUGGAUAAUUCAAUCAGGAAGAGCAUUACUAUACAUAUUUCACUCAAUAUAGAAUCCUUUUCAAGCUAACUUAAACGAAUGAAAUGAAAGCUGUCAUAUAACAGAAAGCCAUAUUCCUUUAUUUUCCAUCCGAGAUAGACUUAGAAUGAGAGAAACCACAAAGCUGAAAUAUGACAGAUAUCUGGACAAGUUGUGAAUGUCGAGUACGGAAGGUCCCCAGGAGGACAAGGCGCCCCUGACUGGAGGGUGAGAAUAUUUUCAGUUACUGCCAUGGAGUGUGACCGGUCACGAACAUCAUCCAAGUAAUGGCAAGGCAUUAUAACCUACGGUUGAGAGGUGGACCGCGAUCCACAACCACUCGAUGGGGCAAAGCUCUUGUGUGGGUCGUCAUAGUCUUCGUCGUUUCGACUUAUGUGGUCAUCUCCAAUUCAGGAUCCGAUCAGUACAGACUACCUAUCUUCCAAUGGCUGCUUGGAGAUUUCUUCGGGGACAACUCUGAAACGUCACAGUAUACUCAGAACGGCAACAUGACCUGGGAGCAGAUCCAGAAGAUCAGAGUGAACCACCUGGUGAGAGCUUGCCAAGGUCUGAACCUCAAUCAGACCGUAGACGCCGUUGUGAGGAAACACAUACUGGUAGACACGCGCCACAAGGUUCUGAUGUGCUUCGUACCAAAGGUGGCUUGCACGUCAUGGAAAAGGAUAUGGUUUUGGUUAGCGGGCCUACUGGAGGAGGACGAAAACAUCAUGGAUUUAACAAGGAGUCAAGUUCACGGCAAAUUCUUGCCGACUCUCUCGAGCGUCAAAUUUGUAGAGAGGGAAAGGCUCGAGUUCUUGGCGACCUACAAGAAGUUCUUAUUCACGCGCCAUCCUCUCCACCGCUUGAUUUCUGCCUACAGGGACAAGCUGGAACACAUAGAUAAAGAAAGUAACUUUGACUUCCACAAACACGUUGGACAAGAGGUCGAGAGUAUGAUGCGAGGAAAGGUCACUGGAGGUCACAAUAUAACGUUCCAGGAAUUCAUUCGGUGGGUAACUCCUCCUAAUGGGACUUGGACAAUGGCCCAGCAAAACGAGCACUGGAGGCCCAUAGUGGAAUUGUGCGCUCCUUGUGCAAUACAGUACGACGCCGUUGGGAGAUACGAAAACUUCCAACACGACGCCAACGAAACACUAUACUGGAUGGGUGCCGGGGAGUUGGCAGACCGGUUUCCACCACCCGACAGAGCCUUCCACGCGUCUCAGCAACUUCAGAAAUAUGAAAGUAGUCUUACCUCACAAGACAAGCUGCAGUUCUUGCGGACCUAUCUACUGGACUUUCUUCUCUUUGGCUAUGACAUGCCUUAGAAGAUCAAUCAAAAUAUAUACAUUGUGCAAAGAGGAAUGACGUCUUUUAAGUCUAGUGACUAGAUUUUGUACCAUGACAAAUGCUCGUAUUUUCUCUCAACAGUGCUACGCUUGUGCAUGAGAAUUAUACAGACUAGACGGUCCUAUUUCUCUUAGAAGGAGAAUCAUUAUUUUUUUCUUCUCAUAUUACUUUAUGAUUAAUAAAUUCAGCAAUGUCUAAAAACUCUGUGGAGGUAGUUCUGCUUGAAGGUGCCGCAAGUAUUGUUAUAAAUCUUAUUCAGUAUUCAUUGUGCUCAAUCCAAAUGCACUUUUUUAUUUGCAUUCUCAGAUUUCCAAAGGUAUCAGCAAUGCACGCUGGAUACUUACUAGAUGUAUGUAAGGUGUUUCAGAGUUCUGGUAGAUUUAGAGAACUGUGGGCAGUGUUACAUAGCCUGACGAACUGUUAGCAUUCUGGGUGUUGAAUUGACAUUGUAAACCUAAAUUUGGUUUGUUUAAAAUUUGUUAGACUUAGAAGAUCUUCUGAACUGCAUAAUGAACACAUCAUCAAAGCUGUUAAAUGUGUGAAUUUUCGAGAAAGAAUGAUUAGAUUAUGAAAGUUAGGUCUGUUGUUAUUUAACUAUAGUUGACCCAAAAGUUAUGACCCAGUUUAAUAGCCGACUCUUAUAUUCUCCAGAAUUGUUAUUGAUGUAUGUUAGCACAAUCCAAUAAUUGGGUCUAAAGGAACAGGAUGCCAGAUUACUUUAGUAAAGAGCUGGGUCUAUCAGCACUCGGUAUUUUAGCCUUCUCUUUGGCUAGUACUAUUUCAGUGACGGUGCCGUGAAACUCGAGAAGAAGAGUCCUCCUUCCGUUUUGUUUGGUUGAUGUUUCUUCCCCUAACCUCUACUGACAGGCUGUGGAAUAUUUCUAGAUUGCAUAUCCCGAGCCGUUUAAUUUAUCUUUUUUUCAAGGGUCAUAUCACCCCACACAAGUUUAGGUCCCCCUCUUUUCCCCAUCCAGUUCCCCAUCCAGUUUUUUUUUUUUUUCCUUUUCCUUUUACUAACUAUGAAAAUUUCGUCGCCCAACCGUCGGCCCUUAUGCAAAAAAAAAAAAAAAAAUGAUUUUCGCUCUUGUACCAAACUCAGGAGAAAAAUAAUCAAAAUCUCAAAAUAUAUGGUAUACUAUUGAACGUUGGGCUCGAACCCCAGUCUUUUGACUAAAGCCCUUUUUACAGUUAUUAUUCCCUCAUGUCGGUCUUUGACUCGAUCAAAGAAACAAGAAUC